GCCACCGUCCGUCCGACGCGAGUCUGUCCUGCGAGGCGACCCGGCAUGUUCCCCGGGCGCCCUGUCCUAGCGGGGCCGACCUCUGCUGAGAGAAGGGGCCUGGACACCGGGUGUUCAUAAGAAUGGAAGCACCAUUUCCUUGCCAGAUUCCUUACUGCUGCAUCUUAUGAACCUACAGAAUCUUGGGGAAGAACCUGUAUUUAAUGAUGACAAAACCUGUCACCAGUGUAGCAACAACGGUCUAAGGGCAGAAACGAAUAAAAAUAAAAGGCGCGUUUAUAUUUAUAUUCAACAAAGACGUCCUUUCCCGUGGACAGCCUGCGCUGCAUCAUUCUUCCGAGAUGAACCGGUACACGACCAUGAGACAGCUGGGGGACGGCACAUACGGGAGCGUGCUCAUGGGCAAGAGCAACGAGUCCGGGGAGCUGGUGGCCAUCAAAAGAAUGAAGAGGAAGUUCUAUUCUUGGGAUGAAUGUAUGAACUUGAGAGAAGUUAAGUCUCUGAAGAAACUUAAUCAUGCCAAUGUGAUCAAACUGAAAGAAGUUAUCAGAGAAAAUGACCAUCUUUAUUUUAUAUUUGAAUAUAUGAAAGAAAACCUCUAUCAAUUAAUGAAAGACAGAAACAAGUUGUUCCCUGAGUCUGUCAUCAGAAAUAUUAUGUAUCAGAUAUUGCAGGGGCUGGCAUUUAUCCAUAAACAUGGUUUUUUCCAUAGGGACAUGAAACCAGAAAACUUGCUUUGUAUGGGUCCAGAACUUGUGAAGAUUGCCGACUUUGGACUCGCGAGAGAACUAAGGUCACAGCCGCCGUAUACGGACUAUGUGUCCACCAGAUGGUACCGCGCUCCUGAGGUCUUGUUACGAUCGUCAGCCUACAGCUCCCCCAUUGACGUGUGGGCUGUCGGCAGUAUAAUGGCUGAACUGUAUACACUACGGCCGCUUUUCCCGGGGACAAGUGAGGUCGAUGAAAUCUUUAAGAUUUGCCAGGUUUUAGGGACUCCCAAAAAAAGUGACUGGCCAGAAGGGUACCAGCUUGCAUCCUCUAUGAAUUUCCGCUUUCCCCAGUGUGUUCCUAUAAACCUAAAAACUCUUAUUCCCAAUGCCAGUAACGAAGCCAUUCAGCUUAUGACUGAAAUGUUGAACUGGGACCCAAAGAAACGACCAACAGCAAGCCAGGCUUUGAAACACCCAUAUUUUCAAGUUGGUCAAGUAUUAGGCCCUUCCUCACAUCAUUUGGAAUCGAAACAGCCUUUAAAUAAGCUUGUGCAACCACUCGAACCAAAGCCAUCUGCAGCAGACCCAGAACCUCAGCCUCUGCCGGACAUAAACGACCAGGCUGCCGGACCGCCCCACCUGAAGAACAGCCACCAGCCACUGCGGUCCAUCCAGCCGCCGCAGAACGUGAGUGUCCAGCCAGCACCCAAGCAGCACAGUCAGCAGAAAAGGCCGCCAACCCUCUUUCCAAGUAUUGUCAAAACCAUGCCCACCAAGCCGUGUGGCGUCCUGGGCCACAAAGGCGCCCGGAGGCGCUGGGGCCAGGCCGUGUUCAAGGCUGGAGACGGCUGGGCAGACCUGGAGGACGGUGACUUGGGAGCCUCCCAUUCCAAGAAGCCAAGCAUGGGCUUAUCCAAGGAAUCGAGGAGAAAGGAGUCUCCGUUUCGGCUUCCAGAGUCGGUGCCCGCGGGCUCUGGCUACUCACCGAGGGAAAACAAGAGCUUCCCUGCCGCUGUGACCCUGAAAUCGGACUCGGAACUGUCAACUGCUUCCACUGCCAAACAGUACUAUUUGAAACAGUCAAGAUACCUUCCGGGUGUAAACCCCAAGAACGUGUCCCUGAUUGCCAGUGGGAAGGAUGUGAACUCAUAUGUCUGGAACAGCCAGUUGUUUCCUAAGUCCCUGGGACCCUUGGGGGCAGAGCUUGCUUUCAGAAGGAAUAACGCAGAAGAAAGCAUAAUCAAACCCAUUGAAAAGCUAUCAUGCAAUGAAAGCGUCCCUGAAAAAUUAGAGGACCCACAAGGAAAUCUUGGAAGUUAUGCUCCUUACAAUCAGGCAGGAUAUAUUCCUUCCUUUCUCAAAAAAGAAGUGGGGUCAGCUGGCCAGAGGAUACACUUCGCACCGCUUGGUGCGACAGCUUCAGAAUAUUCCUGGAGCCCCAAAGCUGGUCGGGGGCAGUUUUCAGGACCUACUUACCAUCCUACAGCCAAGAACCUAAACAUUGUGACCCACGCACAGCCAGUGCCCUCCGUGCACGGGAGGACAGACUGGGUGGCCAAGUAUGGAGGCCGCCGGUAGGAGUCUAGUGUGAAGCCCCACGGCGCCCCGCCACCGAGUCCACGCAAGUCCCCCGACCCUGGGAAAUGUCUACAGAUGUCUAUUUCUACUGUGUUCUGAAAGAAAUAUAUAAUAGUGGGUACCCUGAAGAGCAAAAAUCAUCUAUUUUAUUUCUUUCCUAGAAAUGAAAUGCAUUUUCUUAGCAUCAUUGCCCACAGUGCUGAUAAUACGGGUAGGACUCUACAAAGUAUUGAAUAAACUUUAUUUGCCAAAGUAUCAAGUAUUUGAUCUACAAAUUAGUAGAUACUAAAUACUCUAAGAAGCUUUUUUUUUAAAAAGAAAAAUGCCUCCAGAAAUUAAGUGUUUAGAGUGUUUUAUAUUUGCCCCAACUAAUACUUCAUCGUUUGGCCUCAAAGAUUUGUUUUUUACAGCAAUUACGUAGAUGGCUGUGGGCUGUCCAUUACAGUUCUUUGUGGCCAAGGUUCUACUCUACCAUUUGGCAAAGGUAAUUUAUAAAAGAUGGUAAUUCAUCAUUUUCCUAUUUUGGAAUGAGAUAAUUUUGGAUGCAAUGAUAAUUCCAACCUAGAGCAGGGUGUCUUUCUUAGAAAUACUUCUUUAACAAAGAUUUCAAAAUUACGUCACCUGAUUAUAUCAGAGAGAGAGUCUCCUGUUUGAUUUUGACCAAUACAACCGCUGUGAUUUAAUGGUGAUGUAUCAAACCCAAUGCUUGAUGAUUUCCAGCUUGAUCAAGUCAAGGUUCUGUCAUCUUCACAUCAAGCGUGUUCAUCACUUUCAAAACGCAUUGUUUCAGCAUCCCCACCAGACACACAGAACGCCAGCUUGUCCUCCAAAGCAAAUUCUUGCUGCUGCUGCUGCAGACAGAUCACUGACUCAGCUCUGAACGUUACACUUGCUCUGACGAGCAAAUGCAUUCGGUUGCUAUAGCGGUGAUCUCACUUACGACAUGUUUUCUUAGUUUUAUUUUUAAAUUGUUAUUUAAAAUUGACAUUUUGAACUUAGAACUGGUCUAUUUAAGCCUGUCAUUUUACACGGAUGUUCUUUUUAAAGAAUAAUGUUAUCAAACUGCUGAUAUCUUAUGCAUUUUAUGACUUUACAACAAAUGCAACUGGUAUCAUCUUGUGGACAUUAUAUAAAGGCACAUUAUAUUAAGAAUAUGGUAUUUUUGUACAGAAGAUUCAGCUCACCUUGUUGAAAAAUGUUAAAAUCUAAAGAGUAAUUUAUAUUAAUAUUAGUGAUAAUGGCACAUAUAUAUUUGUAGUUUUAAUGUCUCGAAGCUAAAAUAUUCUUUUGUGUUGCUGGGAAACUUUUAAACUGUGAAUAGAUAUUAAAAUUGAUAUGGUUAACUAGUCUGUUUUCUUUACAUUUUUAAACCUUGUACUCAUACUCUGAGGCCUGUUUUUGUUGUUAAUGUCAACUUUUUUUCUUUAAACCAGUUGCGGGUUUAUGAAGCGUCUAAUCAGAAAGUAGAGUCUCCAUAUCCUCCUUCAUCUCCCCCUCCUCAGUUCUCCCUACUAUGAAUAUCUUGCCUAAGUGUGGUAUAUUUGCUACAACUGACGAACCAACAUUGAUUCCCUGUCGGUAAAGCCCACAGUUUACAUCAGGGUUCAGGUUUUCGUGCUGUACAUUCUGUGGGUUUGGACAACAUGUCUAAUGACACGU